AUGUCGGAAUACAAUUUCGACCACUCGGAAUUUACCCAAGAGCAUAUCCGGCAUCUCCAAGAAAAUCCUCUGGAAGCUUGUCAGCGCGAAAAUGAAUCUCUUCGUAUAAGACUGGAAACGUUCAAUCGUAUGCUUCUCGAGGCUAAAGAGGAAUCGCAAACAAGAUUAGAUCGUAUAAAACAGGUGAGAGAUGAAAGGGAUGUAGCUUUCGAUGAAGGGGAAAAAUAUGCGACGAGAGAAAUGAGUGGACAGUUAGAGGUGUUGAAGAGGGAGAAACUUGAGGCAGAGAGGAAGACUCAAGAAUUGGGAGAGCAGGUUGUGAAAACACGGGAGAUGGCGACGAAAAUGCAAGCAGAAGUUGAAAAUUUGAAAGAGGGGAAAGAUAAGAAAGGAGAAUUGGAUGAUGCUUCUCUUGAGCAGCAGAGAGAUAGGAUUGCAGAGGAGCUUCAGGAAGCAAAGGAGGUUAUUAGGGGAAAAGAACUUCAUGUACAGCAUUUACAGGAAGAGGCUAGGAGUAGGUCGGCGAGAGUGUCGGAGACGCCACCAGUAGUGAGUGCACGAGUACAGGCUCUCAUAGAACAAAUUCAUGUGUUGAUGGCAGAAAGGGAUGAUCUCAGACAUCAAUUGGAGAUCUUGACUGAGAAUCUCAUGGGUACUACGCCAAAAGAGGUUACGUCGAAAGAAGACACAUCACAGAGAGGAACACCAGAGCGGCCCUCAGAGCAGCCGCCUGGUAGAUUCAGUCCCAGUGCCGGCCUAGGUAGUGCUAAUUUCAAAGGCAGUAGACGAAUCUUGCAUGCCCCUUCUCCUUUGAGACAACAGUCAUCUACCAUCGAAUCGGUAGAAGAUGAAGAUUCAGAAAAGGAUAUGGAAAUGAAAGAAGGCGAUGGCGAAAAAGACGAAGAACUAGACGAAGAAAAAGAAGAAGAAACUCUAAAAGAAAGUAUCGAAAAAGACGAAAACGACACAUCGCUGGAAAGUUAUCGCAAAGACAGAGAUAUUCACUACCAGCGACUUGUCAACCGCAUCAAAGAACUCGAGACAAGGAACCUGCGUCUUGAGCACUAUCAUGACAUGGCACACGUAACACGCGCAAUCCUCAGUCUGACACCCGUUCAUUUCGAAGCAUAUCGUGAACGCAAAGAGACUAAGAGGAAAGAGGGAAUGGUAUUACUCGAUAUCAUGGACAAGGAACGUAAGAUUCUCCGAAGACAAAAUCGGAAGCUCGAAAAACAGUUGCAGGUAUUGGCGGAUCUAAGGAGCAAGGAGAAGGAGAAAGAUAUGGGGGAUAUACAGGAUUUUAUAUUCACACAAACUCAGCAUGAUGCAAAUGAAAAUGCCUCGAAUGGUUACAGGAGAUUGUAUGAGGAGGCAGAAAAUGAAGUGAUGAAGAUGAUAGAGACGGGUGCUGAUGUCGAUGCUGAAGAAGUUUCGGAAUUGCGCAAGGAGCGGGAAUUUCUUAAGAAGCGGGUGGGGGAAUUGGAAGAGGAAAUCGAUGGUCCAUUAGGAUUGAGAGAACAAUUGGCAUUUGGUAUUGCUGAAAAUACAAACGAUUUCAAUGCGGAGAGGGAGUUAACAAGAGUUAGAGCGGAGCUCGAAUGGUGUAUAAAGGAAAGAGAUCUAGCUAUGGAGGAAUCACACGUGGAGGAAAAUCUCACAUCCAUCAAGGAACUCAUGGAUCAAUUAUCCCAGAAACUCGAUGUUAACGUCUAUCCCAACGAGGAAAAAUAUGAACAAUGCAAGGAAAUGACCAAAAAUUACCGACAAUGCCAGCGUGAAUUGAGCGACGAGAAAGAAAAAACCAAGUCUCUCGAAAGAUUUCUGGAAGAGAAGUACAUGGAAUAUGAGGACCUUACCGGUGAUGUCCACGAUGACUCAAUGAGCGCAAGAUUAGCUCGAGCAUUGAUCGAACUCUACCAAACGAAGCGAAAACUGAUGAAUAAAACGAUACAGAGGAAUAGUCUUACCAAGAGUGCGGUGGGAUGUCUCACGACCGUCUUGCAACACAAUGAAAUUCUGGAGCAGAAAAUAUACACCCUGAAACGACAUCCCGAUCGCGAUCCUGAACUUCCCUUCACAGACAUGGAUUUGGAGAACGGAGAAACGAUUGCGAGACUCCGGUGGAAAAUUGAUGGAUUGGAAAAACGGCUUCAGAAAGCGCAAUUCGAUAUCAAAUCUGCGGAGAAGAAGGCGAAAAAAGUCGAAAUUGAAUCUUUGAGAUUGAAUAGACAUAGAUCUCCUCUUGAUCCGAAUGCUACUGAUCCGGAAGUUAUUGCGCAUUUGAAAGUUCAGCUUAAAGAUACGGAUGAUUUGGUGGAGCUUAUAUGUCAGAAAUAUGAUGUUGCGGAGGGGGAAGCGGAAGAUGAAAAGGAGGGGUUGAAGGCGGAGAUAGCGGAGAGGAGAUUGGAGGAUUGUAUGGAUUUGGUGAAUGGACCGUUGAGUCAAAAAGAGGCGUGGGAUAAUUUGAAGAGACUAUUGAGAGAGGCAAGGGAGGAAUUGAAAUUGAAAAUGAAUGAGUGGAAAGAAAAAGAUGGAGAACGUGAUUGGGCGCUUGAGAGUUUGGAGAAAAUGUUGAAGGAGAGCAAAGAGAGGGAGGCGGCGCUCGCUAAGCUUUUACAUUCGACACAGGAGGAGAUGAAGAGUGAGGGUACGAAGGAUGCGAAGAUUGCGGGAUUGGAAGAACAAUUGAGUAGGAAUGGAGAAAGAAUACGAGACUUGCUCCGGGAGAAAGAUGAAAAUAAAGCUGAAGCUGAUGGAUUAGAAAGUUUUCUUCGAGCUAGCGAGACGCAAACGACACAACUCGAAGAACAACUCAGGAAAGCCGAAGAGAGAAUUCGAGAUUUACAACUGGAAAAAGAUACCCAGCAAUCAGAGGCCGAAAGACUGGAGAAUCUUCUCAAAGCUCGUGAAACACAGACGGCUGAGUUCUUGAAGAAAUUAAGAGAUGAAGAAGAAGAACAAUACCGAGUAGAAAUCGAGAGGUUACACGAACUUCUCCUACUAAGAGAAAACGAAGACGAACAAUUCCGCGAAGAAAUCAAGAGACUUCACGAACUACACCGAACCAGCGAAGGAAAAGUGACCGAGCUUCUCGAUAUCUCAAUCAAGACUUCCACACGAUUAUCCGAUCUCGAAGUCGAGAUUACGAGAUGGAAAAUUGUGGCUGGAGAAAGCAUGGGGGAGAUUGAAAAUUUGCAGAAACAAUUGCAAGAUGCGGAGGCGAAAGUGGAAGCACAACGUAUAACGCAUAAGCAAAAUGCGGAAACACAAACAGAUACACCUACAUCUACAAGCAUGGAAACACAAACUGAGGAUACUGAACUUUUACAACCUGAACUUCCACCUUUCACAGUUGAGCCCCGGUCAAGGACAUUCAAAACCAAAUCUCCGAAAAAGAAAAAUAUCACAAAGAUCCCGCGAGAUCCACGCUAUCAUCCUCAACGCUCCGAUUCCGAAGCUUCAGACGAAGAACUAGAGUCCCCUAAUCCCCUCAAACCACAACCUAAACACAACCCUUCCCUGCGUCAAGAAAUAGAUUCAAAAAAUCCCGCUCCAUCGCCCUCUCCCGCACCUUCAAUAACCAUCCGACUUACCUCUAAAGCGCACGCGAAAAAGAAAAGUCACGCAAAAGAAAAGCUCGAAUACGAUCCCCCGCAUAAAGUCGAGACAUUAGUAGAAAGCGAAGAUGAAGAGAUACCGGAUGUGGAGAUCGCGCAGGAGAGUCCGAUUCAAGAAAUGGGUAGAGUGGGAGAGGAGGUGAGUUUGAGGGGGAGUAGGAAGACGAGAAAUCCGUAUCCGGUUUACACGGGGCAGUUGUUGGUGAGGGGGUUGGGGAAGGGGGAAACGGGGAAGAUGGAGAAGACGGGGGGAAAUGGGGCGGUUGGGGGAAAGAAGAGGAAAGUUAGUGAGGGUGAGGUUGAGACUGGGAAAGUGAAGAAGGGGAAAAGAUUGAAUAGAAGUUUGUGA